AUGAGACUCACCAUCAUCGCCCCAGAGACUAUCCACGAGCACGAGGUCUCCCCGGAACUCUUGGUCGAAGACCUCAUAGCCCUUGUCGAAGCAACCGCCGAACUUCCUCCAUCUGUGAUUGUUUUGACAAGCGAUUCCGGAACACCUCUUACCGACCCAUCGCGCACGCUCGACAGCUAUGGCCUCAACGGCGAACAUGCUACCAUCUUUCUCACACCAACCGAGCAACCCGUUGCUUCUUCUUCCUCUUCCGGGCCCUUGGCCGGUUCCGAUGCCGAUAUCGAGCGGAUGCGAUUGCAAGCUCUCGGAAACCCUGAACUGAUGGAAAGUCUCCAAGAACGUGAUGCAGAAUUGUACGCCGCUGUUCGGAAGGGUACCCAAGAAUUCAAGACUGCGCUUCAAGCCUCACAACUGAGGCAGCGGAGUAGAGAGUACGAGAAGGAGCAACAAAUCGCUGCCCUAAAUGCGGACCCCUACGACAUUGAGGCGCAGAAGAAGAUUGAAGAGGCCAUCAAGCAGGCGGCUAUCAUGGAGAACAUGGAGCAUGCGAUCGAGUACUCUCCCGAGUCUUUCGGCAAUGUCACCAUGCUCUACAUUGACGUCGAGGUCAACGGCUUCCCCCGGAAAGCUUUCGUCGAUUCCGGCGCCCAAAGUACCCUCAUCUCCCCCCGACUCGCUGAAGAGUGCAACCUCAUGCGCCUCGCCGACACCCGCUUCUCCGGCAUGGCCGAAGGCGUCGGCAGCGCCAAAAUCCUCGGUCGCGUCCAUUCCGCCCAGCUCAAAGUCGGCCCCCUCCACCUCCCCUGCUCCUUCUCCAUCCUCGAAGGCAUCAAAGUCGACCUCCUCUUCGGUCUCGACAUGCUCAAACGCCAUCAGUGCUGUAUCGACCUCCCGAAGAAUUGUUUGAGGGUUGGAGAUGUGGAGGUACCGUUCUUGGCGGAGCACGAGUUGCCGAGUGAGAAGAAGAGGGAGGAGGAUCGGAAGGUGGCGGAGGAUAUGAGGGAUGCCGCGGCGAUGGGGAAAAAGGUCGAGGCGACGAGUUCUGCAGCGGCGGGGAGCUCGUUCCCUGGAGCGGGACAGUCUCUUAUCGGACUGGGAGCCCCUCGGGACCAGGCCAUCCAACUGCUCGAGGCUUCUGGGGGCAACGUCGAUGUCGCUGCUUCUAUGCUCUUUGGUUAG